AUGGGAGAACACCGCCUUAUCAUUGACAACGGCGAUCAGCGGAAACUCGAUGAAUUGAUCUCCGCGAGAGGAAAAUGGGUCAAUAAGUUGGAGCAGGCUCCCGAAUACAGCUAUGUAUGCUGUAGUGCAACAGACAGGGAUGCCGACGUAACGCAUAUGUAUGCGGAAGGCGAACAAUGUUUUUUGCAAGGGGGACCGGGAAUCGAUUCUGUUUCGUUGAAAACAUCGGAAAACAAAUGA